UCCACCUGGGUGUCAGCGACAGGCCGGCCAUGCUCCAGCUGCAGCUGCUCAUCUAGCAUGCUCCCAGUGAUAGCAGGCCAGGACACGGCUCAGCAAAGUGGAAAUGGAGGACCAGAGAUUAAAAGGCAGGAGGCCAUCAGAGGAAAUGAUGGAGGUAACGGUGGAUGUGGAGUCUGAAGAUCAGGAUAUCAACUACAGUAACUCGAGGCCUCGGAUUCACGACAGGGAUCCCAAAAGAGUCAACAGCAAUCUAAAGGUUAUGUUUGAGGACGUGAUCGCAGAGCCCCCUUCUGUGCGGAGCUUUGAUAAAGUGUGGUUGUGGAGCAACGCCCUGUUUGAGGUGUCCAGACUGUGGUGCUAUCGCCUCGUGUCCCUCCUGCUCGCAGUGCCGGUGUCGCUGGCAGCAGGGCUUCUCUUUGCUGCACUCAGCUGCCUUCACAUCUGGGUCAUCAUGCCCUGUCUGCAGCUCCUUCUCAUCAACAUGCACUGGGUCCGGACUGUGUGGGCCAGCAUACUGAACAUUUUCAUCAGCCCCUUCUUUACCAGUGUUGGAAAGUGCUGCGGGGAAAUCACUAUCCAUCUGAAAAAUGAUGAGCACACACACAAAUAAAUGUUUAAACUGUGUGUAAAAGAUUUAUACAGAAGGUAUAAGAAGAAAAAAAAGAUAAUAGAUUAACAGCUUUGAUCAUUUCUUAACUGUCUGGCAUUGCUGUGCACCUGUCACAUGUAUGGUAUAGUGACAUCUAAACUAAGUUUUUCAUUUUGUAAUGAUGCAAAUAACUUCUAAACAUUUUUCUGUCAAACCAGGACGUGACAAAGCUGGAAAAUAAGCUUAUCUUCAUGUUUUAACGCAAAAAUAUAUAAACAUGUCAUGGUGGAAAGAAAAUGUAAAACAGUAAGAAAUUCUCCACCUCGAAACUUAAAUUUAAAUAGACUAACCGUCCUUAAGGACGCUGGCUGAGCUGCUUAGCAUUUGGGGAAAGAUGGACGUAUUUCUGUAACAGGAGUUUUACUGAACAACCAACACUGCAGAUACGGUGAAUAAAAGUGUUACCUGUG